AAUUUUGAUAUUUUUUCACCUUGAUGGGCACAAAGAAUCAUCAAAAUUAUUAAACUCCAAACACACGCACCAGUGGGUGAAACAUAGUGAAGCUUCUGAUCUGUAGCCUUCUGAAUCAAAGGGCUUUGCUUCAUGAACAUUAAUAUUAUUCAUGAUAGUCACCUUCCUUCUCUGUUUGGCCAAACAGGAAGUCCUGUGGUCUUUUUUCUCGGCGAUUCUGUUUUAGCACUAACUGGCAUUCUGGAUUCUAGUUCAUUGCUUAGCUUGCUCACUGGUGUUAAAACUACAAAACUGACAGACACCCUUGAACCAUCCAGGUGUACUCAAGGAUAGCCAAUUUCUCCCAGAUCAAGGUACACAGUCAUAGAUCUGCUUUUCAGGCAAGGUUGAAAGAACAAACACAGGUGGAUGCAAGCAAAAAAGGGUUUUUGACUACCAUCCAUCAACACAAUUACGUGGUGCAAAGGCGUGUCUCAUUAAAAAAAUAAAAACAGGACGUUCUGAUUGGUGAAACAGAGUUUUAAGAACUGAUGAACCAAAAGGAGAUUUUUAAAGAGUUGCUGUGCCUUGUGAUAAAAUCAUGUUCAGUUCUGCCUUCAAAGCUGAUCGCCUUCGGGCCAACUUGCAACUGGCUGUCAGUCACCUAAAACUCCUGGAGAGAAAGAAAACUGAGCAGGCCCAGAAAGCAAGGAAAGAGAUUGCUGACUACCUGGCUGCUGGGAAAGACGAGCGAGCUCGGAUCCGAGUGGAGCACAUUAUACGGGAAGACUACCUCGUGGAGGCCAUGGAGAUCCUGGAGCUGUACUGCAACCUGCUGCUGGCCCGGUUUGGCCUAAUCCAGACCACAAAGGAGCUGGAUUCCGGUCUGGCUGAAUCUGUGUCUACACUUAUCUGGGCUGCUCCUCGACUCCAGUCGGAAGUGCCUGAAUUGAAAAUAGUAUCUAAUCAGCUGUGUGCAAAGUACAGCCAAGAAUAUGGUCAACUGUGUCGAACCAGUGAGAUUGGAACUGUCAGCCCUCGGCUCAUGUGUAAACUAAAUGUGGACACUCUGCCCCAGGUUCUAGUGGAACGGUACCUGAUAGAAAUUGCUAAGAACUAUAAUGUGCCAUAUAAAUCCAAGGCAACAAUUAUGUCUGAAGCCCCAGCAGACCUGGUUAGUGUUGGAUUUACUGAUGAUGUCAAGCAAGGUGCCCAUGGCAGUGGAGGUGGAACUGUAGCUGGACCUGGUGAUCCACUUCAGGCAUUGCCAGUAUGGCCCUUACCUGUGCCGUCCUCAGUUCCUGGUCCCUCAUCCCUUCCUCGUGAAAGACAGAAUGACUCCUAUCGGAACAAUUUGCUUCCUAUACUGGUUCCUGGUCCUGGACCCACCCCUGAAACUUCUCCAAAGGCAGCAUCAAGAACCAAGAUUGGUUUCGAUAACUUUAUGCCUGAUUUGCCUGAUGUAAAACCUCAAGCAAGCGUUUCCAUUGACCCUUAUGAUUCGGAGGAAGUUGAUUUUGAAGAUCUCGACCGGAGACUUGAAAUGCUGAAGAAAGCCACAUAAUUCCUUAGUCCUAGAUUGAGUAUUUGCCUGGGACUUAGGGCUCUUGUGCACAGAUUUUAAUAUGGCCAUUGAUGUGUCUGUCUGAAGUUUUCUCAUUUAGAAUUCCUUUCAUCUCUUAAAUCAUGUGGUUCUCUGUCUGUAAUAAUGUGUAUAUGUCUCUCUUCGUGUGCAUAUACAUAUGAUCAUAUAAUUAUUCCUGUUUCUUGAAAUUCUAUAAUUCUUUGAUGAACAUUCAUGAC